AUGUCGAGCACGGCGAUUCACACCGGCACAGGCAGUACCGUCUCGGCGCGGACCAAGCCCGCUCCUCCGUCCUCCUCCUCCUCCCCCGAUACCAUCCUGACGCCCGCCUCGCGCCGCUUCGUGCCCACCGACCUGCACGGCAAACCGAUCCCGCACCGCCAGCGCUGGGCUUACUCGACGGCGGCCGUGUCGCGCGGUCGCCUUGGCUCGCAGGCCAUCAACGUCGUCGUCGUGCUGCUCUUUGCCGCCUGGCAGCGGUCUGCCGCCGCGCACCGGCUCUACGCCCACCUGGACGCGACGUACGGCGCGACCGCCGUCAACGUCUGGGGCACCUUCAUCGUCACCUCGGUCUUCUUCUGGGCCUGGGGCGGCAUCUUUGCGCUGGCCGACCUGACCGCCCGGCCGCGGUGGCUAUUCCGGUACAAGACGCAGCCGUUUGUGCGCGUGCCCGCCAGAGAGUACGCCUGGAUCUGUCUCAUCUCCCUCCGGAACCAGGUGCUCGUCGCGCUGCCGCUCAUCUACGCCAUAUCACACCUCGCACGCCCGCGUCCCGUGCACCCGGACGCCCUCCCGGGCUCGCUGCAGACCGUUGCCACCGUCGUCUUUGACACGCUGUGCACAGAGGUCGGCUUCUACUACAUCCACCGCUUCUUCCACGCCAAGCCCCUGUACGCGCGCUUCCACAAGCAGCACCACGAGUUCACCGCGCCCGUCGGCCUCGCUGCCACGUACUGCACCGUCACCGAGCACGUCUUCUCCAACCUCAUCCCCAACGCCCUCGGCACGCUCAUCGUCCCGCACCACUGGUCCCAGCAGUGCUUCACUUUCCUCUUCCUCGAGUUUGGCACCAUCUGCGCGCACUCGGGCUACAACCUGCCCGGCCUGCCGUCGAACCUGCAGCACGACUUUCACCACUUUGCCUUUGACGAAAACUUUGGGCCGACGGGGCUGCUGGACUGGGCGCACAGCACCAAUGGCAAGUACGUCGAGACGCUGGGCGAGGCGCUGGCCCGCACAGACGGCGACGAGGAGCGCGCGAGGGAAAUGGUGCUGAAGCGCCUGGCUCAGAUUGAGGUCGAGGCGGACGAGGCCAAGGCGAAGAAGAGCUCUUAG